AUGGGCUCCCACAUGACCCUCAAACGAAUCCUCCGCGAAAUCGCAGACCUCAAGAAAGAAGACCUGGGCAACAUCACGCUCGGUCCUCGAGACAUGGAUAAUCCCUAUCUCUGGAAAGCGCGUCUGCCGGGACCUGAAGGAUCGGUGUAUGAAGGCGGGAUGUUCGAGGUGGAUGUGCAGUUGGCUAAUGAUUAUCCAUUCACGGCACCGAAGGUCUCGUUCCUCACCCGGAUCUAUCACAUGAACAUCUCCGAGCGCGGAAGCGUCUGCAUCGAUAUAUUGAAGCAUAACUGGUCGCCCGCGCUCUCCGUAUUCAAAGUCAUCCUCUCCCUCUCGUCCCUCCUCACCGAUCCGAACCCUCGUGCGUCCUUCCUUCCUUUGCUCCUCUCUCCUUCCUUCCCUUCUUUCUGUCUUCCUUCCUUCCCCUCCUCCCCUCCUCCCGUCACUCCGCUCUCGCCACUCUCCCGGUCCUCCCCUGACCUGCCCUCUUACCUACAUACAGAAGAUCCCCUCGUACCAACCAUAGCCCGCGAAUACCUCUCCCAACGCCCCAAACACGACGCUACCGCCCGCCGAUGGACAUCCCUCUACGCCUCCUCCACUCCUGCCCCUCCUCCUCCUCCUGUCCCUGCCUCUACCCCCGCUACCCCUCCCACUACCUCCGCUGCACCUGCACCUGCACCUCCUACCCCUAUCACCGUCCCUUCUGCCUCUGCAUCUGCGUCCGGACAUGCCCCAGUCCCAGUCCCAAGCCGUACAUAUUCCCAUUUCAAUCGACCUUUCAUACCCAUGUCCGCAUAUGAUCGGGUCGUCGCAGCCUUCGUGGCAGGGCAUGGCCAUAAUCUCAGACAGACAGGGAACGGGAAUGGGAAUGCAUCAGCUUCGGUUUCGGGGGGGUCGACACCUACGCCUACACAUCAACCUUCAGACGCAUAUACUCCCAAUGCGGGCUCGUCGUCUUCGGGUGGUCCUAUCCCUAUCCCCACGACUGGCUCCACGAACGGGCGCGCAAAAGGCAAAGAACGCGCGACGGGCAAUGUGAGUGCGGGUGUUGCAGGUUCUAUAAUCGAGAUCGACGACUCAGACUCCGGCUCGGCUGAGGACGGGGAUGAGGACGGGGAUGGGGACGACGAUGUACAGGAUGUGACGGAUGUGACGGAGAUUAGGGGGAUGGAGAAGGGUAAGGGGAGGGGAGGGGGUGGGGGGAGGAAGAGGAAGCGGGAUGGGAAGGGUACGAGUGGGGGACAUGGAGAGGGAAAGAGUGAGGGAGAGAUGAAGCGUAAUCGGAGUAUCGUUGAUCUUUCGGUGGAUUCGGAUGAUGAUGGGGAGGUCGAAGUCGAGGGAGGUGUGGAGGCUGAUGUCGGAGCGGAGAGAAAGGGUAAGACGAGGGAGGGAGGCAAACGGCGCAAGAUCGGGGAAGGGGGCGGUGGGAGUGGGUCGUCAGCAGCGGGGGCGGGGGCGGGGAAUGAUGUUAUUAUCAUCGAGGAUUAAAGAUGUCGAUGAGCCGUCGGUCGUUCUCAUUCUCUCGUUCCCUCGUGUCAGCAAUACGUUCACGGUUCAUC